CCACCUCGCGACUCCGCCUCCUCGAGGUCGCGGAGCGACGAGGAAGUACGGACCUCCGCGGCCACCGUCCGUCCCAAUAUGGCCGCGCCCGGGAGCCGGCUGGACAGCCGCGAUGGCCCCGCGGGCCGCGGUCUGACCCGCGCGUCCGUGGACCCCAGCGCCGAGUUCGGGCGGUGGAAGGCGCAGCGUCUGAACCGAGCCGACCUGAGCCGCAAAGGAAGCGUGGACGAGGACGUGGUGGAGCUCGUGCGGCUCCUCAACUCUCGGGAGCAGUUUGUCACCACCAGCUCCUGCGCCGGCCGCGUCCUGCUCCUGGACGGGGGUGUAAACGGCUUUGAGGUUCAGAAACAAAACUGUUGCUGGCUACUGGUUUCACACAAACCUUGUGUAAAAGAUGAUGUGAUGGUAGCUCUGAAGAAAGCGAAUGGUGAUGCCAUCUUAAAAUUUGAACCAUUAGUCCUUCAUGUGCAGUGUCGGCAGUUGGAGGAUGCACAGAUUCUGCAUUCAGUGGCAAUUGACUCUGGUUUCAGGAACUCUGGCAUCACAGUGGGAAAAAGAGGAAAGACUAUGUUGGCUGUCCGGAGUACACAUGGCUUAGAGGUUCCAUUAAGCCAUAAAGGAAAUCUGAUGGUGACAGAAGAAUACAUUGAAUUCCUAUUAAAGAUAGCAAAUCAAAAAAUGGAAGAAAACAAGAAAAGAAUUGAUAGGUUUUACAACUGCCUACAGCAUGCUUUGGAAAAAGAAACAAUCACUGAUUCACAUCCUAAGGUCAAAGAGAAAAACAAGUCAUCUUAUACUCACAAGAAAAAGAAACCAGAAAAAACACAUGGCCAAUGUAUUCCUGAAGAAAAUGAUGAAAAAGUUGAAAGUGACAAUGAUGAUGAAGACCCAAAAAUCAACUCUACCAUCUUCCCUGAAGAUUACUAGCAUUUACCUUUGAAGUGUUUUGGUAAAAUGUUUCCAAUAGAUUUUAUAAAACUGCUCUUUAUAAGAGUUUCUUGCAUGUAUUGUCUAUUUAGAAAAACAAUAUUUCUCUAUAUUCAGAGAAACCCAUUUUGAUGUAUACAUGACUUUUAAAAAUAGCUUUGUAUAUUUAUUCAGUAUGUUUUAAUGUUUGCUCGUUUAAUACUCCCUUGUUAAACACAAAGAGAAUCUUUGCAAAAUUAUCACUUUCAGUGCCUCUGUUUUGUUACAACUUCCAGUUCUAUGAAAUAGGAAAACAAAGUACAACAUUCUUUGAAGACAACCUUACAUCAUGGACAUUUCAUUAAAAAUCAUAGUAACAUGAAACUAACUUUGAAAUAUCCUCCAGCUUUUAGAAGAAAGUUUGAAUUUACUCCUGUUUCCAUGGAGUACAGUGACAAGUUGUUUUCCCCCUUUUGACCUCUUGAAUAAACAACUGAUACCAAUUUUAUUCAUGACAAAAUAUCUG